CCCUCGUCGCGCACGCUCGUUCACCUCUGCCCGACCAAUCUCGCGAAGAGAGGCAGUCCCUUGACAUCCUGUCGACGGCCGCUGCACUGGCCUCGUCGCACUCAACGCCUUCUUCGUCUCGUCACCACGACCCUGCAUCAUCGUCUUCGAGAAACAGUGACUGCUACACGUCGCCCAGCUCCUCGGCCACCGGUGGCAUGAUGAUUGGGCUCGGAGACGAUGAGCGCCGCAAGCAUCCUUCAUCGUCGUCGCCGCCAAACACGUCGCACUCCUCGCCAUACUCGAGGGAAGUCAGAGACGAAGGCGAAGAUGAGGAAGCAGCACGGCCCAAACCUUCGCGUCUCGCUGUUUCGGACCUCCUGACCCCUUCUUCCUCGUCUUCCCUAUCGUCGACGAGCGGCCACGAGCACCGCAAGAAUGUGACAAAAGAUCCUCAUCACCACCGUCAUCAUCAUCAUCAUCAGCACCGAAAUGCAGACAACGACGAAGGUCCUUCGUCGCGACGGGGCUCGGAGCCCUCGAAUGAGUCCGAUUCCCCAGAGGCCAGCGCCUACAGACCUCGACCGCCCCUCACUUCCUCGCACUCGUCUAAUCUAGUCGAGCAGGCAAUGGUUGAGAACAAGCCGGACUCGGCUGGCAAGGAGAACCAGGAGGCCAUGAUUGGCGCGGACCCUGGCACGGCCUUCCAGUACACAGCCUUUCAGCAAGUCACGGAGAGUCGCGAGAACAUCGAAUACCUCAUGACAAUUCCCGACCGUAGGCCGAUUGACCCUGCCCCGAUCAUCCAGCUACGGGUGAUUUCGCACGAUCAUCCUUCGCCAAGCAAACUGGCCGAGACGGGCGGCAGCGGCAAUGCAAACGGCAACAGCAGCAACGGUAGCAGUAGCGCCAGCAGCAAAAGCGACGAGGCAAACAUCACGCCAGCAGGAGUCGUCGCUGCAGCUUCAGCCGAAGCGAUAACCCCGCCCAAGGUCAGCGGCCGCUCCGGGUAUUCCAACCGGAGCUCCGCCCCCGGCAUCCGUCGCGGCGUGCCCGUCACGACUGAAUGGGGCGAAGGAUGGGAAGACAAGACGUGGUACCUGGAAAACCCCCACUACUUCAUGUAUGCCAUGCUCGCCGACGCCGAGACGGACGAGGAACUCCACCUGCUCCAGGAUGGCAAGACGAGGUACACGACGGGCAGCUGCGUCUCGUGCUUGUACCACCUCAAGGACAUCGAUGGCUCUGAGCAAGGUUUCUUCGUCUUUCCCGACCUGUCAAUCCGUGUCGAGGGUCGCUACCGUCUCAAACUCUGCCUCUUUGAGACAAUUGGAAACAUGGUGCAUCACUGCAAGUCCAUCUACUCGUCGCCCUUCAAUGUCUUCACGGCCAAGCGCUUUCCUGGUAUGGAGGAAUCGACGACUCUGUCCAAGUCCUUUGCAGACCAGGGUCUCAAGGUCCGGGUGCGCAAGAACCCAAGGGCUCGCCGUGCUCGAGCAGCAAAGAGGCCGACCGAUGCCAUGAUGCUGAGCGACGAUGAUUCUGACAAUGGCGGCGAUGCAGGCUUGCCAAAGCGUAAACGUGUUGGCAGGGUCGGUUACCCAGCCUAUUCACCAGCGACUGGUGGCCAUCUGCAACACCAUCUUCCACAUCAGCAAGCGCCUCCUCCUCACGGUCUUCACCAGCAUCACCCAGACUACUUCCAGAGUCAGCCUCGACCUUUGGCCAUUCCCAAGGGAAGUCAGGGUGAUUACCCGCUCUCGUCGCCCGAGGAGCGCUAUCACAUGCCCCGGCCGGUGGCCUCGGAGCAUUACUACCAUCCAUCGCCGCACCAUCACCCUCAUCCUCAGCAACAGCACCAUCAUCUCCAAACUCAUCACCAGCAGCAAAUGCAGCAACAGCAUGCCGCCAUGGCGAGGCAACAUCCCGGGCACGACACCGAGCAGAGCGUCUCUUCGCCGCCAGGCGCCUCUCCUUACCAGGGCCGUUCGCCUUUCGACCCAGGCCGCGCACCACCGUACUAUGACGAUCGGGCCUCUGCACGCGCAGGGUGGGCGGCCCAACCCAACGAAAGCGCCCGUCCAAGUCCUUUCGCCAUUCCUCAGCCACCUCCCAGAACGCCUGCAACGGAGCUCAUGACUCGGCGUGGACACGAGGCCGCGGCAAGCCACCCGGCAGGUGGCUACGAGGAGCAGCAGCAAAGGCGGCGCCACGCAUCGGACCCCUAUUUGCGCUAUUCCCCUUCGUCCAAUCACGCCGCCAGCGAGAGCAGCACACGUGGCGUUGUCAACGGUGGUGGCGGUCCCAACGGAGGAUCCGCGUACCGUCCUGGGCUCUUGUACGCUCAACCGAUAAGCAGCUUAGCAAACGACGAGCGCGGUCCUCCACCCUCACCUUCGCCCGGCGGCGGCUACCCGGAAGUAUACGGUGAGCAGCAGCAACGACAACAGCAGCAGCCCGGCCGCUACGAUGGGCGCCCCUCCUUGUCACCGUCGGGGGUAAGGGGCGAGACGACCUACUUGUCCCAUCCACCUCCGCACGCUCCCUCCUCAGCCGUUCCUCCCGGCUCGGCGCUUCACCAGCUCGGGCCUGCUCCUGCGCAGGUAUCUUCAAAUGGUCGUAACAUUGGUUCCGCCCGGCGAUCUCCCAUUGAAGAGGCUCCGCGCUUGUCCCGUCAGCAACAGCAGCAGCAGCAGCAAUACGAGCAGCAUUACGAGCAGCAAUACGAGCAGCAAUUGCAACAACAACAGCAGCAGCAGCAGCAGCAACAACAACAACAGCAGCAGCAGCAGCAACAGCAACAGCAACAGCAGCAGCAUCAGCAGCAGCAUCAGCAGCAAUUACUACAACAGCAACAGCAACAACAGCUGCUGCACCAUCAAUCGCACUACGGGCAGCAGUCGGAACCACGCGGCUUCGAAGGCAGGACCUUGCCUCCUCUGUACAAGGCCAUACCUCCAGCUGCGUCCGCUCCGUCGGCCCGCGGUCCCUCUCCAUCUCAGCUCCGAAGGCGAUCACCAGGUCCUGGCAAUGGUGCCAGGAUGCACUAGUUCUGCCAUUAUUUGGUCUUCCAUCUGCGUCACCUUUUUUCGUCGACUUCGCCUUCUUCUAUCUUGUUUUAGUUCACCCUGGGUUUUUCUUUCUCUUCUC